AUGUCGACAGAGCAUGAACCGGUCCUGUCGCCAAAGGGCUGUCCGAUCGAGAACUUUCCUGAAGACCCCGAACGACUCUUCUCGGCCAACGGGCUGACGCUCGACUACCCGCGUAUUGGAUGGAUCGCAGGUGGGUGCUGUACUUUUCUCGCGACGGCUAUAUCUUUGGUCCUGAUCUACCGACACUACCAGUACUACACCAAGCCCAACCAACAACGAUACAUCGUCCGGAUGCUGCUCAUGGUCCCCAUCUACGCAAUCACCUCCUGGUUCUCCUUCGUCUACGUCCGUGAAGCAAUCUACUACGAUACUAUCCGCGUCUUCUACGAAGCCUUCGUCAUCGCCUCCUUCCUCAUCCUCCUCCUCCAAUACCUCGGCGAAUCUCUCGAGGACCAAAAACGGGCCCUAAAAAGACACAAGAAGACCGAGCGAUGGUUCUUCCCGAUGUGCUGUCUGAAGUACAACCCUUCACGUCCACACUUCUUGCAAUAUAUGAAGUGGGGAAUCUUGCAGUAUGUGCCGUUGAAUGUGCUGGGGAGUCUGUUGACGGUUGUGUUGGAAACCCAGGGGACGUACUGCGAGAGUAGUUGGAACCCCAAAUUUGGACAUGUUUGGAUCCUGUUUAUCAACUUUACCUCCGUUACCCUGGCUACCUACUUUCUCAUCAUGUUCUACUUUACGAUACGGGCAGACCUAAAAGAGUACGAGCCGUUCUACAAGUUCCUCGCCAUCAAGCUGUCGUUGGUCGUGGAGGGUUUUGUCUACUUUGGGUACAUCAAGGCGUCCAAGUACUGGUCGACGGGCGACAUCUCGAUAGGAAUCAAUGCUCUCCUUAUCGACUUUGAGAUGGUCAUCUUUGCCAUCAUCCAUCUUAAGGCCUUCUCUUAUAAGCCCUAUGUGCCUAGGAUUCCGAACCCAGACCUUCCACCGCCAGAGCAGCAGCAGCGGGAGGCGCUUCUUUCUUCUGGUGAUGGUGGUGGCGGCAAUCGGGAAGGUGGGAGUGGCGAGGCGGCGUUGGCGUCACUUAGUAUCGACACAAUGCCUGAGGCUGCUGGUGGCAGGACUCAGCAACAGCAGAUUGGAGCAGGAGGAGCACCUAAACGGAAACCUGCACCUUCAGCAACACUCAUCGACAAAAAGGGGGAUAAACAGUCAAAGAAAAAGAAAAAGGAUCAAGGCCCACCCGAAAAGAUCAUGGACUUUACACAAAAGAGCCCCAUCUGGCGCGGAAUCCUCGACUCGUUCAACCCACUCGACACGAUCCGAGAACUCUCCUACGGAUGCAUGUACAUGUACAAGUGGAUCCGGGGUAUCCCCGUUGACAAGGAUAGUCGGCGGUUGUUGGAUUUGCAGGUUGCGUUUGGGCGGGUGAGGCCCGAGGUGCCGUAUACGCCGACGGAGGAGGAGUUGGAGAAGGAGAGGAAGGAGAAGAAGAAGAAGAAGUUGAAGGAGAGGGAGAGGAGGAGGAAAGAGAGGAAGAAAAUGGGGUUGGAUACGGAUGAGGAGGAUGAAGACGAGGAAGGCGAUAGUUUCAAUGACGACGAUGAUGAUGAGUCUGACAAAAAUGGCGACAGGGACCUGGAGAAGGGAGGAAACAGAGACAACAACGAUAGCGACGAGAAGGAUCGACGGCGACGUGAUGCCGAUGGUAGCGAAGGAACAGGCGCAGGACAAGGACCAGUCAGUCGCUAUCGCCAGUUCCAAGGUAACAACAACAACAACGACGGCUACCAAGGAGGUCGAGGUCAACGUGCAAACGCCGCCUACGACAUGGGUGAGGGAGGAGGAGGAGGAGGUGCAGGAUCAGGCACCGAUGCUUACGGCCGCUCAACCAUCGCCCGCAAACCAGUUAAACCUGAUAAAAAGACCGCCGCCACAAACCCGAUCCUACCCUACCUCGAGCGCGACCCAUCGAUCAAGCUAGAGAAAGCAGAUGCAGCCAGGACCGAACGAGCGACCCUUCCAGAUGUCCAGCUUGACCCAGUCGAGCGGAAGAUUGCCCUCUCUGGACUCUAUGUUGACCUGCCCCUGUCGCCCGUUAACGAGAAUAUCGGGUCUCCUGGAAGCUCGGUCGAUAUCCCGCUCCCGAUCCAGUACCGGCAUGAUCACCAUCACCAGUAUCAACCUUACGAUGUUCAGGAAUCUGCGGCUAGAGGAGGGAGGAGCGAGUGGGACUAUGAGCGUCGCCAACAACAACGCCCACGAGACCAUCGUCUAGAGAUCGACCAGGAACCUACGACGAGUCAAUUUGACCACCGUGAUCGCGAUCUAGAGCGAGCAGCAGCAGUAGGAGUAGGACCGGCACCUUAUGUUCUCCCUAUUCCCGUUCAGCCUAUAUCACCGGAGCCUCACGCUCCCGCUGUUGGUUCAAGUCGAAGUGUACCACCAGUCGAUAUCGAUGCUCCUCCUCGUGGCGGAUUGACUAGGUUGGCAAACGAUAACUUUGUCAGCAAGGGCAGCAGCCCCUAUCAUUUCGAUCGAGAUUUUGACAACAACAGUAACGACAAUAAGAGCAAUGACAGGAACAACAAUGGCGGCAAAGGAUUCACCCGCGAGCCAUUCUCAGCAACGAAGGAUCCCCGUAUUGCCGCGCUCUCACACUACGGCCAACAACAGCAACAAGGACGAGGGGGAGGAGGAGUAUACAACAGCCACCACCACCUUCACCAUCAGCGCGGCGAUUCAGCCGACACUUCUGUCCUUUCGACGAGCACCACCACCGACUCACUCGCACCCACACAUCUAGGAGCAGGAAGAGGGGAAUUCUACCACCAUCGAGAGGCAAGUCGCUCCGACCCCGAGCUAUCCCAUUACGGCCUCGACCACGAAUACUACCUCGAACGGAUGCAUUACCUCGAGGAACAGGAACGCCAAGCGCAAUAUUACCUCCAGCUGCAGCAUCAACAACAGCUCCUGCGUGAAGAAAGAAGGCGCUCUCAGUUUCCAAUGCAAUCAGAUCAUCCCGAACCUUCUUCUUCCUCCUCCGCUCCCGUCCCUGGCCAUGUCGAUGAUGCAGUUGCAGUUGCAGGAGGUGUUACAAGUGUUACUGCCCCUGACCUUACGUCUGUUGUGAUACAAGGCGAGAUGAACUCUGACCAGUUUCAUCUCAUUCCCAGGGAAAAGAAAACAGGAAGAGGAGGAGAAUCAACCUUACCACCUCAACCACUGCCUGCUCCCGUCGACAGUCAAGUUCCCGAUCCGGGAAAAGUACCAUCGGACGAUAGUAAUAACACUGCAGCUGCAGCUGCAGAUGCAGUGCAGGAACAACAACAGGUGGUGCAGGAAGAUCCAAUCGUGGCAGAGUACAGUCUGUUGCAACACCGACAGAUGCAACAGGACCAACAGCGCACCCAACAAGAGCUGCAGUACCAAGAACAACAGCACCGACGUCAGCGUCAGUUGCCGCAUCAUCAGAAACACGACUCGCGCAAUCAGCAACAGCAGCAACAACAACAACAACAACAACAACAACAGCAACAGCGGGCAACUAUGAAACCACCACCUCCUCCUUCUAAUAGUCGACAUCAACAACAGCAGCAGCACCUAUUGCCUAGGCGCAGGAAUAGUAUAGAAAGUCUCGACUCGGAUAGCAGUGGGGGAGGGUUCAGAGUGCAGGACUAUGGGUUCAGACCAAUGGCUGGUGGAGGUGUUAGUCGAGUUCCCAAAGGCAGUCGGUACCAACAAGCUUACAGAUACCCGAUGCCUCUGCCGCAACCAGUCCCACCAGCGCAGCUCUACCAGUUCCCUCAGGAUAGAGAUCUGUACGAUCGACAGCGACGCGAGCGAUCUAACACCAGGGAUCGCGACUGGGAUAGGGACAGUGAGAGGGAAAGAGACAGAGACAGAGAUAGGGAUAGGGAUAGGGAUCAAUGGCACUAUUACCAGCGACCGCAACAACCCUACCAGCAACAGUACUCAACCCGACCCUAUUUGGAUGACUCCUCGAGACAACCUUACAUUCCUCAGCCCCAACCUUCAUACAGCCGCCCCUCCGUCGACACCCUCUACCGAUCUCCACCCCCUCCACCCCUUCCAGUCCUCACCCCCAUUGACGACCGCUCCUCUCGUCCUGUCCGUCGUGCCCAAGACCCUUCCCCUACCACACGAAACCGCCGAGACCGCGACAGAGACAGAGACCCCAGGUAUACGACAGACAAGUACGAUGACAACAGCGGCAGAGAACCCUACUACGCAGUCGAAAGCCCCUCCGAGAUCCUCUUCCCCGCCUCACGGUAUGCAGCCCCCUUUGUCCGUGACUACGAGCUCCAGCAACGAGAACGAGACGCCCGUCAGCGAAUGACCAGAAGCCCUCCCAUUGUCGAUCCUCUGUCUUUGCAACAGCAACAACUGCCACCUGCUCCACGAUGGCAACAACAUCAGUUUGUUGACCGCCCAAUGGUCCCCCAGCCCGGCGGUAGACGUGGCACUGGUGAUAUCGAUGGUCGUUCUCGAGUCCCACCUUCACAGCCACACCGACAAGGGCCUGGACCUGGAGCGUAUGAGGAUGAUGGACCUUACGAAGAAGCAAUCCUCUGGACACGCUCACCACCCAUUACUGUCCCAGCCCCCACUCUCCGAGACUAA